GAGAAGCUAAUUAGGGGCGGGUUGACAAAUGACAAGGCGUCUCGUUUAGAGAAAGCAAAGUAUGGGGCAGUUCACAUGCAUGGUUGGGGCAUUUGGGAAGCGUGCGGCAUGUGCAAAGCUGCAGCUACGCAUAAUUGUGUAGGUUUAUAUAUUAUUGGUUGAUUAUUAGAUGAUGAUUAACCCACAGCUUAUGUUACGGAUCUUGCCUUGCCUUGGAGCUACACACUGCAUACUUAUAGUUUACCCUCUUAUAUAAAGCCCACCAAAACGUGAGGUGAAGAGCCAAAAUGGCUUCCUGGGUUCGAACAAUCACUUCUCCUUUCAGAAAAGCUUGUACUUUCUUCAACCAAAACCAACCUCGAGACAAGAAGUCCCAACAAGGGAGACAAGAAAAGUGUAUCAUGGAUUUGCAAGGGGAAGUCAUGGCUUGUGCGUACGAGGAUGUGCAGGUUAUGUGGUCUAUUUUGGACAAGAACAAGCCCAGAACCUGCACUCUUACUUCUUAAUUUUACAACUCAUUUUUAUAGGAUUAUUAUCAUUAACUUUAGAAGAAGAAGAAAAAAAAAAGAUAAAAGAAAUUGCAUGUAUAUAUAUUAUGCAUUGGAAAUCAGAGUGUGAAUUCGUGUAUGUGGCUGGAUGAAUGAGAAGCAGCCCAAAGAUGGAUUAAUUCUGGUUUAGGCCUUUUGAUGGGCAUAGGCAGCAGAAAUGAAAUCAUCAGCCAAUGGAAAUAUGGCUAAUCGAUUCAUUUCUCAUUAAUUUUUUGGUUUUUGGAGACAAUUUUUUGGGAAAUUUAUUGUGCUGUCUAGUUGAAUCCCUGUGAUCAAAUGAAUCAUGGUGAGAUUUGUGGUUUGGAAUAUUGUUUUUAGUGAUGGGAUCGAUGAAUUCUUGCAUUUUCUGUUGAGAAAAAAGAAUCAUGGUGAUAAUUUUAUUUUUGUUUUUUGUAAAAUUUCCCAUUUCCUUAUUACAAGUUAGGCUUUGUUUUCUUGCA